AUGGUGGACACAGUUUGGCAGCGUGUUAAAAGUCUGCUGCAAUUGCCAGAUCUAUUAGUGCUGUCUUGUCUAUGGCAAUGUGGCCUUAGCUGGGGCUAUUAUCUAAAGUCUGCAUUUGUCUAUGACAAUAUCUGGCCACAUUGGUAUGGGUUGGCGGCAGCGCUAAUGGCGCUGGUCUUAGCUAUAGGCUGGACGCUGCGCAAAUAUUUCAAGCAGCAAUAUAGCUACGAUCAUUACUAUAUAAUAUUCUAUGGACUGCUGUGUGCGCUGCUGGGCAGUUGCUUUAUGCUAAGCAGACAACUGAGCAUCAGCUACUACUUUAGUCUCUCGGGCAUGGGCGUUGUCUAUGUGGCGAGCUUUAGUUAUGUGAGUCUGCGUAGCGCUGCCAGCGGCCUGCGUGCCGCACGCCUGGCCUUGGGCAAUGCCUGCCAUGCCGCUGGACUGGCCUGUGGCUUUAUCAUCUUUAAUGAGUUUGAGCCACAACAUUGUGGGCUGUUGGCCUUAAGCCUGCAGUUGCUGCUGCUGGCGUUUGUUUGUGUUAAUGAGCUGCUGCAGCAUUUGGCGUGGCACAAUUAUAAGCAGAGCAAGGAUUUGGUAUUCCAGCUGCUGAACGAGGAGCGUUUGGUCUUUCUGCCGCGCCAGUCGGUGCUGGCGCAAUUUGUAGCACGCAGCGACUACGAGCUGCGCUCCAAUCGCCAGUGGUGGGUGUUGCUCCCAGGUGGGUUGGUGUUGCUGCUGCAGCGCUGCUGUUUGCUGCAUGCGCCAACGCAACUGCAGCUCAUGUGGACCGCCAGUCUGGCGUUCACUCAACACUCUCAGCUCUAUAUGCCGUAUACGCUUUAUGCCGCGGGCUGCGGCUUGGGCUGUUUGCUGCUGCUGCGCUAUACGCCCAAGUUGGUGUUUCUACUCUUUGGCAUUAUACAAAUCACGCUGGUGGUGGCGCUGCUCAGCAUUUACCACGAGGAUCAGCCAGAGCAUUGUUUUCUCUUUCUCUGCCUCAUCUACGCCAGUCUGGGCGUGCUCUCCAGCCAUGCGCUGCACUGGCUCCUAGAGCUCUCUCCCUUUCUCUAUACAGAACUCAUUUUCUCGCUGGGCUUUGUUCUCCAACUGCUCGUACUCGAAGCCUGCAAGUAUGAACUACGCAUUGCAGUCGAAUGGACCGCUCUGCUCAUCAGCAGCGUCAGCUUUCUGCUGCUCACAGUCGUGGGCAUCAUCCUGGUGCUUUGGCUGCAGCCACGCUCCACCAGCCUCGUCGACAUACGCAACCGCCUGCUGGGCAUACGACGGCUGCAUCUGCCCGCCGCUCAGACUCAAUUCUGGCAUACGAAUCACUUUCUGGCCCAUGACAAGCCCGCGAGCGAGCUGCAGUCUGUGCAGCUGGACAAGUCGCGUGUCUUUCAGCAGUAUCCGAUUAGCCAGCAUUCGGCCACAGCCAAUGGCAAGGCACAAAAGUUUUGAUAAUAAAAUGUUUAAAGUGCUGCCCUUA